CUCUGUUCUAGACACCAUCUCACACAACAAUGUCUUCAGCAAGUACAUCUUCACAGCAGCCUCAUCAAGCUCGAAAAAGUAGAAGGAGUAGUGAUAAGCCUCUAAGGGAGAUUGAUGCAAAUACAGAACCUAAGAGCAGCAGAAAAAGCAAAAGAGCAUCCACAUCAACAGAAGAUGUUCAAGAAAUCGUAAAGAGCUUAUCCAAUCGUAUUGAAUCGAAUUCAUUGCUGUCGCUUCAGAAGUCAUUACAGUCAAAUCUGCUUCAGAGAUCUACCAAACGUCGACGUCGAUCAACUCAAAGUCCCUCUCGUAGAGCAAACAGUGACGAUGCUGGACUAGGUGAUGCCCAGGAUAUUCACUCAUUCCUCGAUCCAGCUUGGGAAUCUUUCAAGCAAUGGCCAAGCGGAUUGGAGGAAGAAGAACGUGCGAUUGGUGAUUACUUCAGAAGAUUAAAGAUGAUCCAACUUGAACAGGAAACUCGAUCAAUAUUCGUGCAUGAUACCAAUGAUGAUACCCAAACAGUUUAUACAGUAUCUGAUGUUCGUCAGCUAGAGACAGAGGUACGAGAGCUGAAAGCACAGCUACAAGCGAGGAAACUCAAGGCAAAAGAAAUACGAAAAGAGAUCGAAGGUCUUUGCGAACAAUUUGGCAACUUUGAAGAACUUGAUUUUGGAGUACGAGAAGCACAAACAUUGCUCAAUCGCAUACAAGAUAUUGAGCUUGAACUUGCUCGGCUAAAGGCUGUUCGUGGAAUUGGAGCAGAGAUUGAAAAAGGUCAAAAUGGCACAAUUGUUCCUGCAAUCGGAACAUUCACACAAGAAGAAGCGGAAGAUGUUCUUAAUGAGCAAUUGAUCGAAAUGGAAAGCUUAGAGAUGAAUCAAUCCAACCUUCUCAAAGCGAUCGAAAGUGCAAAGAGACAGCUGGCAAGCAGCAUGCAAACUGUUGACAGGCUCAAUGCCGAAAAGAGUGCUGCUGAAAAGCUUGCUCGAGAAGCCAAAGCUGGAGCCGAAAAGCAAAGGGAUCGUAAAGUGGAAGCAAUUUGUCGUGAUCACAGAGCACGUAUAAGGCUGUUCCAGGGCUUGAUGGGUGUUCAAUCGAUCGAUGCACCGACCGAAUCAAGCAUGCGUAUAUUAUACACAGUCACCAACAAAGCUGCCAGGCAAGUCUGUGAAGAGGUUGCAGUGAUCAUCCAUUUCGAUACCCUUGGCGGCCAGAUGUCUUCGUUUGAAUUCGAAACAGCAAGCGGACGUACAUUGACAGAUCGAAUCGCGAUUAAAGGCUCCACUAUCCGAUCAAAUAUGGAAGAUGCAAUGCAUGCGAAUGAUGUCAGCCUCUUCAUUCAAGCUGCACUUUUGUGCAUCGAGUCAAUGGACGUCAACGAGUAAUGUUGGACGAAAUGGCGUCAAUAAAAUGUACUAUAGCUAACUCUUCAUUGUCACGAACAUUUUCU